UCGAUUGAGCGUCGCUCUUGUUCACCGACCUCGACGACGCCCUUCCACGCCAGCCCUUUUUACACUAGCUACCUAUUUACCCUAGAAUCACGAUGUGCGGCAUCUUUGGCUACUGCAACUUCUUGAAGGAAAAGGACCGCAAGGAGAUCCUGGAGAUUCUUUGCACGGGUCUAGCAAGACAAGAAUACCGUGGUUAUGAUUCUGCUGGCCUUGGUAUCGAUGGCGACAAGCCAGGCGAAAUUGUGUUUUUCAAGGAGGUUGGCAAGGUCGCCGGCUUGAGGCAGCGUAUCGCCGAGUCCACCAUCGACACUACGAAGACGGUGAUGUCCCAGGUCUCCAUUGCUCACACCCGUUGGGCAACACACGGUCCUCCCUCCGUUAUUAACUGCCAUCCCCUUCGCUCCGAUGUGAACAACGAGUUCAUCGUUGUACACAACGGUAUCGUGACCAACGCUGCAGCUCUUCGCCAAGUCCUGCAGAAGCGUGGCUUCAAAUUCGAGUCCGACACGGACACAGAAGCGGUUGCCAUUCUAACAAAAUACGUCUAUGAUUCUCGGCAUGACAAGCGCAUGACCUUCACAUCUCUUGUGAAGACCGUCCUGAAAGAGCUUGAGGGUUCUUUCGCCUUCGUCUUCAAGUCUAUCCACUUUCCCAAUGAAAUCGUGACUGCCCGUCGCGGUUCACCUCUCCUGAUUGGUGUCAAGACUGACAAGAAACUCAAAGUCGACUUUGUGGAUGUCGAGUUCGCUGGAGCUGAAGCUGAUAGCAAGGCCGUGGAUAGUCUGGUUCCCACUUCCCCCACUUCUAGAUUGGCGCCUCCAUCGAUGCCGAAUUUGAAUCGUCGCCAGUCGCGCAACUUCAUGUCCGAGGAUGGCAUGCCCCAACCCAUCGAGUUCUUCAUCGCCUCUGACGCUUCUGCCAUUGUGGAGCGCACGAAGCGUGUGCUCUACUUGGAAGAUGAUGACAUUGCUCACAUCGCUGAGGGUCAACUGCACAUUCACCGUCUGCGCCGGGAUGAGUCUGGUAAAGCCGAGUCACCUGCCAUUCGCAACAUCGAGACGCUCGAGAUUGAGAUUGCCGAGAUCAUGAAGGGCAAGUUCGAUCACUUCAUGCAGAAAGAGAUUUACGAACAACCCGAGUCCGUCGUCAACACUAUGCGUGGACGCGUGAACUUUGAUGACUACAAAAUCACGCUCGGUGGGCUGCGUGCCUAUCUGCACAUUAUGCGUCGCGGUCGCCGUAUUGUUUUCUGCGCUUGCGGAACGAGUUAUCACUCUGCGUUGGCGACUCGUGCGAUUUUCGAGGAGUUGACGGAAAUCCCCGUUAGCGUAGAACUCGCAUCCGACUUCCUUGACAGAAAGACUCCCAUCUUCCGUGAUGACGUCUGUGUCUUUGUCAGUCAGAGUGGAGAGACUGCUGAUACGAUCCUGGCACUGCGGUACUGCUUGGAGCGUGGCGCCCUCUGUGUGGGAGUUGUCAAUACCGUCGGUUCGACGAUCUCGCGUGAAACACACUGCGGUAUUCACAUCAAUGCUGGUCCCGAAGUUGGUGUCGCGUCCACCAAGGCAUAUACAUCCCAGUACAUUGCACUGAUGUUGAUGGCGCUGCAGCUAUCAGAGGAUCGAAUCUCCUUCACUGAACGCCGCAACCAGAUCAUCGAUGGCCUUCGUGCUCUCCCUGCACAAAUCAAGAGUGUUCUCGACAAAGACAAGAGUUUGCGGGAGCUUGCCACUACCGUCCUCGCAAACUCGCGCAGUUUGUUGUUGAUGGGCCGUGGAUAUCAGCAUGCCACUUGCCUUGAGGGCGCCCUCAAGAUUAAGGAGAUCAGCUACAUGCACUCGGAGGGUAUCCUUGCAGGAGAGCUCAAGCACGGUCCCUUGGCGUUGAUCGAUGAGAACAUGCCGGUUAUCAUCAUCAUGACCCAGGAUUCAUUAUACCCGAAGGUCCAGUCCGCGUUCGAACAGAUAACUGCUCGCAAGGCUCAGCCCAUCGUGGUCUGCAACGAGGGUGAUACUGGAAUCAAGGCUGGUGUGAAGACCAUUCGUGUUCCUCGCACUAUGGACUGCUUGCAAGGUCUCGUGAACAUUAUUCCCCUGCAGCUAUUGAGCUACCACUUGGCCAUCAAGAACGGGUUUGACGUCGACUUCCCGCGUAAUUUGGCCAAGUCAGUUACGACCGAAUAAACGACUCUUUACUUUCAUCCGCGGAAGGGUGGCAUGCAUAUCCUUGCCUCAGGCUAUCAUCAUGGACUUUCAAAAUUACUGUACACAUACCGCUUUUACGGACUGGAUAAGGUUUUGUACUCGACAACGGACGAUUUGCAUUCACGGACGGUUUUGAGCUUUCUUCUCUUUGACUUCACGAUCCUCAUUCGCUACCGUAUAUCCACCCUUACUUGAUCUUCGAGCCCCAUUCGUUCCGCAUAGCAUACACGUUAGCAACUGUCCCCACAGCGAAAAUUGAAUGGUCUCGGUUAUUUGGAGCACGAUC